ACAAAACACGAUAAAAACGUUGUAUGACGAAGCGUCAUUCGAAAUGCACUACUUCCUGAAAAGUCACCCGAAAUAGUAUUGUCUUUUGUAGAAAUACCCAUGGAAAUACCCCAUAAAUCCUCGAGUAAAAACAGACAGACUCAUCGGGACCCAAACUGCAGUGAGAAGAACGUCAUAAUGGAUGUCAAGAAAAAUGUGGCCAACAACAAAUCGUCGACCCAGCAGCAACUCUCAUCCAAAGAUUCACAAAAGAGUUCGAUCACAGGGAUAGACAAGGAAGCUAUGGUUCCUCAGGUGUUAACGCCCGUCUGCUGCAAUGAACCCAAGAGAAGUAGAAAACCGACUAAAUAAG